CUUUCCUUCCCCGCCUCCUCCCCGCGCGCCGCUGGUACCCCGCAAAAAUGGGGGUGGUGUCCAGGGGAGGGGGAAAGUAAUGCUGUGGGUCUCUCUCUCUCUCUCUCUCUCUCUCUCUUCCUUUCCCUCUUUGAGACCUAAAAAUCCUGACAAGUGAAACUUAAAGGUGUUUACCUUGUCAUCAGCAUGUAAGCUAAUUAUCUCGGGCAAGAUGUAGGCUUCUAUUGUCUUGUUGCUUUAGCGCGUACGCCCCGCCUCUGGUGGCUGCCUAAAACCUGGCGCCGGGCUAAAACAAACGCGAGGCAGCCCCCGAGUCUCCACUCAAGCCAAUUAAGGCGGACUCGGUCCACUCCGUUACGUGUACAUCCAACAAGAUCGGCGUUAAGCCGACGCCGAAUCAUGUCGAUGAGUCCAAAGCACACGACUCCGUUCUCAGUGUCUGACAUCUUGAGUCCCCUGGAGGAAAGCUACAAGAAAGUGGGCAUGGAGGGCGGCGGCCUCGGGGCUCCGCUGGCAGCGUACAGACAGGGCCAGGCGGCCCCGCCGGCCGCGGCCAUGCAGCAGCACGCCGUGGGGCACCACGGUGCCGUCACCGCCGCCUACCACAUGACGGCGGCGGGGGUGCCCCAGCUCUCGCACUCCGCCGUGGGGGGCUACUGCAACGGCAACUUGGGCAACAUGAGCGAGCUGCCACCCUACCAGGACACCAUGCGGAACAGCGCUUCGGGCCCCGGAUGGUACGGCGCCAACCCAGACCCGCGCUUCCCCGCCAUCUCCCGCUUCAUGGGCCCGGCGAGCGGCAUGAACAUGAGCGGCAUGGGCGGCCUGGGCUCGCUGGGGGACGUGAGCAAGAACAUGGCCCCGCUGCCCAGUGCGCCGCGCCGGAAGCGCCGCGUGCUCUUCUCGCAGGCGCAGGUCUACGAACUGGAGCGGCGCUUCAAGCAGCAGAAGUACCUGUCGGCGCCGGAGCGCGAGCACCUGGCCAGCAUGAUCCACCUAACGCCCACGCAGGUCAAGAUCUGGUUCCAGAACCACCGCUACAAGAUGAAGCGGCAGGCCAAGGACAAGGCGGCGCAGCAGCAGCUGCAGCAGGACAGCGGCGGCGGCGGCGGCGGCGGCGGGGGCGCGGGAUGCCCGCAGCAGCAGCAGCAGCAGGCUCAGCAGCAGUCGCCGAGGCGGGUGGCGGUGCCGGUCCUGGUAAAAGACGGCAAGCCGUGCCAAGCGGGCGCCCCGGCUCCGGGCGCCGCCAGUCUCCAAGGCCACGCGCAGCAGCAGGCGGCCCAGGCGGCCGCAGCGGCCAUCUCCGUGGGCAGCGGGGGCGCGGGCUUGGGCGCACACCCGGGCCACCAGCCUGGCAGCGCGGGUCAGUCUCCGGACCUGGCACACCAUGCUGCCAGCCCCGCAGCGCUGCAGGGCCAGGUCUCCAGCCUGUCCCAUCUGAACUCUUCGGGCUCGGACUAUGGCACCAUGUCCUGCUCCACCUUGCUAUACGGUCGGACCUGGUGAGAGAGGACACAGGGCCCCCACGUGCCGCCUCCCCCCUUUCCCCAUGCCCGCCACACAGACCACCAUUCGCCCGCAGCUCCCUCCACGCGCUUCGACUUUUCUUAAGAACCUGUUCACGUUUAGACCCAGGACAAGUGUACAAAGACCAAACUGCUGGACGUCUCUUCUACUCCUUCCUCUUGUUUUUCCUUCCUAAAAUUUGUGGAUUUUUUUUUAAAGAAAAGGAAAAUAAAAACAGCGAGCAAAUUCAAUUCCGUACGGAGUCGUUAAACAGAGAAAGACAUAGAACAAAUUUGGGGGUGUCCUUUCGGGUACUGAAGUGGCUUUCCCACGCUGGGGCGGGGCACAGCUUUGGCAAGGCCUCUAAGCUGUCAUGGUUCUGGACUCUAGAAGAUCAAAAACUUCACUCUGGGCGCACUCUGCCAACAAAGUGGACUUGCUUGUAAAUACCAAAAUCAAUCUCUCCUCUCUCUCUCUGCCUCUCUCUUUCUUUUUCAAAGAGAGGACGGGAGCUGGGAGAGGAAAAAUUCUUCAACAUAACCCACUUGUAACUGACACAAAGAAAGUGUCCCCUCCCAGAAGCCCCUGGCGGUAUCGGUCCAGACCAUGAUAUCCCCUCAGAAAACUGUUUUGUUUGAUGUGAACUUGUAGCUGUAAAAUGCUGUCAAAAGUUGGACUAAACACCUAGUUUUUAGUAAUCUGUACAUUAUGGUGUAAAAAGAAACCCAUUCCCAGUUCCCAGUCCCUCACAUUUUUUUAUGGGCAUUGACAAA